UCAAACUCAUGUUGAAAUAUAAAUUUUUGUGCGCCAUUUCAACCCAAUACAAUAGACAACGAUGUACAUGCGUUCUUUCGAAGAGGCCAAGUGCCAAAUUUGCAAGCGAAUCUUCUGUUGCGCCACUUGCCGCCAAAAGCAUCAAUUUGAAGCGCACGCCAUUGCUGUGGCUCAGCGCACUAAAAUAGUUAGCUCUUGCAAUGAAAUCGCCAAUGCAGCCGCACCUGUAAGCGCAAUCGUCUAUGUUUUCUGCCCGAUAUGUGAACAGAAGCCGCUUGCGCUGCAUGAGGAAAUGUACGCCGAGUUGAUGGCUCAUAUCGAGAGCGUGCAUUUACCGCUGCGCUGUCGCAAAUGCCAACGAAACUACACGAGAAUCGAGGAUUUGCGUGAGUUCACCAAGUGUGUGAAUGUUGGCCAGGAUUGCAGCGCGGCUAGUUCGGUGCAGAAUCAGAGCUGCGACACGGGCGCUUUAAAGGUAACGUUGAAAAGGGCAAACGUCGCCGCCAGCUCAAUAUCGACACAAACGUCGCCCAGCAUAGCCAAAGGCAUGCAAGGAUCUCAGCAGCAACUACUGCUGCAAUUGCAGCCGCAGGAGGACCAGCAACAUCACACAAACCUAACGCCGAUAUCGUUAUUCAAUCUUCGUUGGAAAGCCAAGAGUCGAUUGACUCAGGAGGAACUUAACAGCGACAGCGUCUCCUCGAUACGCAAUCUGUCCUCGGAUAGCGUUAACCUGUCGGUACAGCAACGUCGCAGCAUUGGACUGCUGACCGCAUUGCCCGAAAAGGGCAAAGUAAUACGGUCGACGUCAACGCCAUUGGCGGUGGAAACCAUGUUCGCUAAGCCCAAGGAUACGCUCACCUUUAAUGGGUCUGCCGUUGGUGGCGCUCACAUGUCCAGCAUCUAUCACAGCGGCUAUGUGCUGGAUGAGCAAAACCCGGUUCCCGCACCGCCGGACAGCAAUCAGCCGCACCAGCAACAGCAGCAGCGUGCCUGGAAGAUAGGUGGCCGCCGCAAAAUUAGUGGCGCGACCCCACUGCGUCAGGUCAUGUCAAGAAGCAUACAGAAGGCCUUCGUGGAGCAUGGCGUGGGCAUUUUGGCCACAGGACAUGGGGCACAACGGCGCAUGCGUCUAGAUCUGAGCGAGAACAACCCAUCAGAGUCGGCACUGGCAUUGGAUCUUCGCAUCUCACCGGUGGUGCGACGUUCGCAGAGCGUAGAGGAAAGUGUCGUGGCCAAUCAGGCUGGCGGCUCUUUGAGCCCGGUUGAGCCAUACCAGAUAGUGCUGUCGGCCCAAAAGCUAACCACUGAAUCAAUUAUCAUAACACGCACACAGCAUUGCGCCAAAAGUGGCUCAUUGGCUGCAUCUGCCUCAAGCGCCAGUACCAGCACCGUUUUCAAUUCAUGCGAGAGUGUCGAGAUCAUCGCAUCAGCAACCGGCGAUGUAGGUGCCAAUGUGGCGGUGCCACCAAUAACGCCCAUUACCCGCAUCCCCGGUGCCAUUAUAAACAAGAAGCUUAUUAAGUUUGAGACACCACAAAAGCUGCAUGAUGCCACGCAAUCAACCCCAGAUGAGGAGAUCUUCUAUACACCUAAUCCGAGCACUUCCUCAGCAGCGGCAGCAGCUGAUCAGACUUUCAGCAGUAAUGAGCAACGUCGACAGCAGAUUGUGCCGCGACAGCUAAGUGGUGAAUUCGCGACGCAAUCGAAGAUGACUCAGCCACAGGGACCGCGGGCGCGUCCCCCAUUGCGUGCGUACCGCACACACAAUUCCUUCAGCUCCGUGGAGGAUCUUAUCAGUGACGAUGAGGACGAGGUGUUUUUGCCAAACAGUGCGUCCACGCAUAAUGACAGGAAGCACACAGCGACAGGAGAAACAGAAUUAGGUGGCCAAUCGGAGCCUGGACGACUCUGGUCCCUGAUGUCGUCAGUCCUUCGCUUGCCCUUGGCCCUAAGAACAGAUCAGACAGCAGCAAUCAGGAACAGUAGCGGUAGCGAUGACAAAGAAAACACCGCUACUGCUUCGACGUCCAGCACUGGGUCUCUGAUCAGGCGUUGUGCCUCCAUUGCUGGCUCACUGGUGCGCACCAUGCAAGCUCACGAUGAUGGGGACAUGCAGACCUUGAAACGCAAACGAACUCAAACGCUGGAUUAUCAGUAUUGUACGCAAAUGUCGCCCUCAUCCAGUUCGUCAAAGCGUUUUCGCAUUCAGCCCAGGCAACCGGUCAAGCGCAUGCGCAACACUUAGUUACAUGCAUAUAUGGUUAUAUUGUUAUUUUAAAUUUUAUUAUUUGUAUUUGUCUUCUUUUAAUAAUAAAACUAAGCUUAAA